AUCUCAUCUCAACAAGUUCUAUCAAUAACCAAAGCCCUUUUGCCCACUUGCAUUGCAUGCUUUUUUGUGUGAAAAUCAAUCAUAGAGCACCACUAUUUCAAGCAAGCCCAUGACCCUAUAGCCUAGAGUAUACACGUCUCUAGUCUCUUCUCUCUAUCUUCUCUUCCCUUGGAAAAAAGAUGAGUUUCUAUUCUCUCUAUUCUCCUCUUCUAUUCAAGCAGCUUAUCAUAAUAUGCUUUUGAUAUAUUACCAUGUUGACUAAUCCCAACCAACCUCUUGCACUCUCUUUUCUCUCUCUCUCUCUCUCCAAUACUCUUGGUGAGACACCGGGGGGCCUCAUUUUUCUUUUAGUUGGUGUGUCUCACUAGCUGAUAUUAACUGAAACCCAUAACCCUCUCUCUUUCUCUCUCUCUCUCUCCCUCUCUCUCUCUCUCUCUGAGGAUUAUAUGCAUGAAAUCGAUCCCAUUUCACGUCGCAUAUAUGCAUCUCAUGUUCAAGUACCCGGAUGUAAAUAUAUCCAGUUUGGGGUUCUGAGGCUAAAUUUUCUGCCUUUUCAAAUUGUUAGUGGUGGUGCUUGCUCUCUUGGAAUCAAACAACACCAGUCACAUAUUUCUGGUACGUGUAACUGACUUCUAUAAAUUAAGGUGCAUUGGGACUAUAUUCAGGAAAUGAGGAUGCUUGAGCUUCUGUUGGAUGCAAGGUAUUAGAUCACCCUUUUGUUACAAUCAAACAUAUCUUUAUUUAUUCUGGAUUUCAUUUGGAAGUCAUCUGAAAGGGGCACGUCCCAGUGUUAUGAAGAAAGGGCUGAUCAGGGUCUAUUGACAAAAAGAAUACAGCUGUCAUAAAAAUGAAGUUUAUGAAACUUGGAACAAGGCCGGAUACCUUUUACACAGAAGAAGCAACCAGGACAGUGAUUUCAGAUAUACCUAGUGACAUUGUCAUUCAAAUUAAUGAUACCAAUUAUCUUCUCCAUAAGCUGCAGUUUCCACUUCUUCCAAAGUGUGGCCUCCUACAACGUCUUUGCUCCGAUUCUGGUGAUUCUGACAUUGUUACAAUUGAGCUUCAUGAUCUUCCUGGAGGGGAAGAUGCUUUUGAACUGUGUGCCAAGUUUUGCUAUGGAAUUAUGAUUAAUGUCAGUGCUCAUAACUUUGUAGCCCUAUUCUGUGCUGCUAAGUUCCUUAGAAUGACUGAAUCUGUUGAGAAGGGAAACUUAGUUCUAAAACUUGAGGCUUUCUUCAUGUCAUGCAUUCUUGAAGGCUGGAAGGACUCUAUCAUCACACUCCAGAACACAUCUAAGUUACCUGAGUGGUCUGAGACUUAUGGAAUCACCAGAAAGUGCAUUGAUUCAAUUGUUGAGAAAAUCCUCACACCCCCAGCAAAGGUGGCAUGGUCCUACACCUAUACUAGACCCGGUUACUCCAAAAAACAUCACCAUUCUGUCCCAAAGGAUUGGUGGACUGAGGAUAUAUCCGACCUUGACAUAGACCUGUUCCGCUGUCUGAUUACUGCCAUCAGAUCAACAUACAUGUUAUCACCACAGCUUAUUGGUGAAGCUUUACAUGUCUAUGCUAGUCGUUGGCUACCAGACACUACAAAGAAUAGACCUCCCGAGAGUUCAGUGUCUCAAACUGAAGAGCUUAUGGAAAAGAAUAGAAGAGUUCUUGAAACUAUAGUAAGCAUGAUUCCUGGGGAUAGAGGAUCAGUUUCAGUUGGCUUUAUGCUAAGGCUUCUCAGCAUAGCAAAUUAUCUAGGAGCUUCUCCAAUGGCAAAGGCAGAACUCAUAAGGAGAUCUAGUCUGCAAUUUGAGGAGGCAACAGUGAAUGAUUUGCUCUUUCCCUUGCCCUCAACCUCUGGGAGGCACUCUUAUGACAUUGACUUAGUUGUGUCAGUAUUAGAAAGUCUAGUGGUACUAUGGAGAAGAAUAUCUCCUACAGCUUCAGAAAACAGCCAGUUUCUGGUAUCUAUUAGGAAGGUUGGGAAGCUCAUUGAUUCCUAUCUUCUAGUGGUUGCAAAGGAUGUCAACAUGCCAGUGUCAAAGAUUGUGUCUCUGGCUGAAGCAUUGCCAGAUAUUGCUCGGCUAGAUCAUGAUGACCUUUACAAGGCAAUCAACAGUUAUCUUAAGGAGCAUCCUGAUCUGAGUAAGGCAGACAAAAAGCGCCUCUGCCGGAUUCUAGACUGCCAAAAAUUGUCUCCAGAAGUACGUGCCCAUGCUGUAAAAAAUGAACGGCUACCCCUGAGAACUGUUGUGCAAGUCCUCUUUUUUGAACAAGAGAAAGGUUCCAAGGAAACAGGUAACAGGCUGCUACCACCACCAGAGCUUAUUCGAAACCAUACACCAACUAUCGGAGAUGAUCAGGGUAAGCUAAAACUGGGUCUGGACGAAAAAUCAAGUAGAGGGGAGAGCACAAGAAGAACCAUCACUCCUGCAGGAAACAGUGAAAAAGAUCAAAAUAAAAUGAAGAGAUCAGAUGGAAAAUUGCCCCUAGAAUUGGAAAAAAAGUUGAUCAUUGCAGAAAUUGAGGAAACAGAGUCAGAGAAGGGGAAGGAAAUUAGAGGAGAGGGAAUGUCUCGGAGCAAGCUGGAUCCUAAGAAGAUCAUAACGAAGGGAAGUAGAUCAGACAAUAGCCGUGACAAAGGCAGAGACAGAUAGUAAAUGAAGACCCAAUUGUUUCUCUUAGAACUUACAAUAAUUGGCCUUGGUUUUGUUAGUAAAUGUAUUGAUUUUAAACUGUUACAUAAGCCAUUUGCAUCAUUUGUAUCAGUAGAAGUUGUCAUUAGUUGGGAAUGUGCUCAUAGUCUGUCUUUCAGAAGCUACAUAUUCCUGCUACCUAAUAGAUAAUUUAAUUUCCAUGGGAUUCCCAGA